AUGGAAGAGAUUGCGAAUACGACAAAAGCCAGUGAUCGUGAUGCCGAAAAAACAGCUGAUUAUAUGCUAGCAAGACUUCAUAAGAGCAACUUAAAUGUGAAACUCAAGGCAUUGCAGAUUAUUACGUUUUGUAUUAAAGAAGGCAGUCAUGUAUUUACAGAAGUUAUUAAAGAUGAAGAGCAUGAGAUUACAACGUAUUUACAAUUUUCAGGACCUCCUGAUCCAGUGUAUGGAGAUGAAAAAUAUCGUCGUAUUCGAGUAGCAUCACAGGAAGCGUUAGUGUGUUUGAAUGAUGGUUUUCUCUCACGUCCGAAUGAUGAGCCACAACAUCAGCAACAUCAGCAACAACAACAACAACAGCAAUAUCCACCUCACGGUGGUGUAAAUAGUUGGCAGGGACAGGUUCCACCAGGAGAUAAUGUACCACCCUAUAGCAAUGGCAAUGGAGUGUAUAAUCAAGGCGGGCAACCUGAGCGGUCGCACUCGAGUGUUGGUGGAUCGUGGGGGCAACCACUUCCUUCUAGUCGACCAGCGCCGUAUCAGGAUAGUCCAUCUGAAGGCUAUAGCGGUGCGUCUGGUGGAGGCUACAAUGGACCGUCUAGAGCAAGGUCUUUUGUUCCCCCUGUUGAAGGUGUCGCCACCAGCUAUAAUGAUAAUAGUUAUGGACAAAAUGGCUGUAAUUCAGGAGGAUAUAACUAUAGCCAAAAUGGUGCACAGAGUGGGUACGGUCAAAGUGCGCCACCACCACAACAGCAGCAGCAGCAACAACAACAACAGACAAGUGGAUUUAGCUCGUGGUCAUCUUCGUCAGGCUCAUGCGUGGCUACGAAGAGCUCUGGUGCUGGUACAUGGAGUAGUUCAGGUUAUCAGAAGAAGGACCCUGCGGCGGAUAAUGAGCCGCGCUACAAUCCGUCCACAAGACGAGACAACCGCCCGACUGUAUUGGUAGGUCACUCGCUUAACUUUCCUAAGCCGACUGGGGGAUUUGGCAGUAGCAAUACGGGCGCGACGUCAGGUCUUGGUGGGUUUGAGAGUGGUACAUACAAUCCAAACGCUGUUCGUGGCGCUAUCGGUGCAAGCACGUUCAAUCCGAAUAUGAUGAAAAGCAGAUCGCAUGGUUUUGGUGGUAACCUGCCGAGCGGAACAUCGGCUUAUGGUGAUAACAUGAACCGUGUGGGUGGCAAUACUCACCGCAUUGGAACCAUAGGUUUUCCUGUGAAUGGACAACCACUUAAUGAUGUCCCAACGACAGCUCUGGGUAAAAAAGCAGAAGUACUGAAAAAGAUGGGUACGGCAGCGCUUGAGAAAUGGGACCGCCGCAAUAUGGACAAGUCGAUGGCGUCAUCCUUGGCUGAUCACGACGAAUUGCGCGCCGGUUUGGAAGUAAUUGACCAUAAUUACUACCAGCCGAACCCCCAGCAGGGUGCCGGUGGAGGUGACACGAGCAGGGACUACGAGCGCACGAUGAUCGACAGCUUGUGUGCUCCCGCGGGUCUUUCACGUGCGCCACCUGCAGAUGGCCUCAAGCGGUUUGUUGAUCUCGCGCAGACACUGGAUGCUCAAACUAUCGGGGACAUCUUGCUUGACAAGCUAGAAGAUGAAACUUGGCAAGUUCGUUUGAAAGGUCUACACGUGGUACUAGCUCUGCUUGAUUCGCCAGGUGCAGCACCGUAUCAGGAGUUUUUUGAAGAAAACGUGGAGGUUGUUGAAGAACUGCAAAAAGAUGUAAAGCCAAGUGUAGUAUCAAAGACGCUGCAGGUAUUGCGUGCGCUUGGUUAUGCGGAUGAAGUGACUUUUCAGCCAAGCACCAAAGGCGUGAGUGCCAAACGAUCUCAACGAGGUAGUCCGGCAAAGAACCUUGUGCAGCAGCCGCAACAGGAAGUAGAUCUCCUUGGUUUUGACACGCUCAGUCUUGAAUCAUCUGCUGGUCCUCUCGACCAUAGCGCUCAAAGUACAGCGGGUCUCUUUGACUCUCCUGUAUGUUUACAGCCACCAGCUUUCGCAGCACCUCAGGAAGUUUCGCUUUUAGAUGGCUUUGACACACUAGGAAGUUCUUCGUCAUCAAAUCCUGCCUACAUUCAGCAGCGGCAAGCCGUUCCGCCACAGCAGCAGCAAGCCGUUCCGCCACAGCAGCAGCAAAACCAGCAGCCGGAGCAAGCUGGGCGUAACAAAGCAUUGAGUCAUUUUGAAAAGGAUCUUUUUGCUACUGCCAACUCUUCACACAGUGCAGGGACCGGUACAGGAACUGCACCACCUCGGAUCAGUGAUGGUCCGAGCUUCAGUGGUGGUCAGUCAGCAUUUAACUUCUUGUAG